AUGGUGGGACAUCCAGGAAAACGUGGACGGAAACGAAAUCGUUAUCAUCAUCCUAAUCGAGCGUCCCUGAUACCCUCCAACAACUCUACUACCAAAGAAAUACCGGAUGCAGCUACUCACACUGCAAAAGAAGAAGAAGCAGAAGCAGAAGAAGACAAAGCUACUCGUGUUCUGUAUACCGUCACAACCCUCUCCGAGUACAACAGCGGCAAGCGCCAUACCAAACGAGGAUCGGAUCGGUUCAACGAGACACUCAUUCCCAUUGUCUCCGAAAGUGUUUCCAGCAUGAUCGCAGCUGGAUAUCACGUGGAUGUGUAUCUCAUUAGUGGAUUCAUCAUGACUCCGCAACGACGUUUUCAAUUGAAAGACGCAUUGCCCCGUCAGGUGGGAUUGGAAAUCUGGGAUGACGCCCUUCCGUACAAUUACAACAUGAAGGACUUUUUGAAUAAUAAUAAUAAGAAACGCAACAACAUUGUCAUCAAUCCAAACGCCAAGCUGGAACCGCAUGCCCGUGGAUUGGCACGACAACAUCGAUUUGUACUCAAAGACAAGUUGCCCUACUACGACAUGUUUGUCUCAUUUGAAGAUGACAUGCUCAUCAAGGGGUCGCACAUUUUCAAUUAUCAACAAAUGGUGCAGCAUCUCGAGCAAUUACGGAAACAGGCUCCAACCAAACACAACAAUAAUCCUGACAUGCAACAGCAUCUCUACUUUGGAAAAAAUAGUUUGACACAAAAUCAACUGCGACGCAUCAUUCCGGGAUUUAUGCGGGUCGAAGCGGUUCUCAAUGAGACGCUGACACCCAUUCCACCCCUGGCCGUGUCGGUACCGGUAGAUAUGGAAUAUGACGACAACAAUCAUACAACCACCAACAUCACAAUCGAUGCGGCUCCCUGCUGUCACGUCUCCAAUGAAACCAGCAGUGCACGUCUACCAGCCGCUCCCACGAGCCACCAACUCAUCGCGUGGGAAACACAAAUCCUUCCCCUGGGGGUGCGUCAAAUGCCACCACUGCCAUCCAACACUAACUACACGUUGGAUUGGGUAAUGCUCCAACGAGGGACACCGGGUGCAUUGCCUGACUAUUGGAGUGGAAAUGAUGGAUACUACCAAAAUGAUACCGUCUAUUGGAGACCUCAAACACUCGAACGCAAAUACGUCAAUAAUCAGGGCGGAUACAUGGCAACACGACAACAACUCGUCGAAUGGCAUCUGGAAGCGUGUCAAGGAGGAUUCUUACCACCCUUUUCGGAUGUCACCACGUACGGGACCAUGGAUGGGUUGGAUUUGCGAGAUGUCGAAUACUGGUCGGGUGGGAUCCAGUUGAUUGGGCUCGGGUGCAAGUUGCAACGCAUCAUCAACUUGGAUCCGACAGCGUUUUCUCGUCACAUUUUGUACCAUACCGCCAACAACAAGCAAGAACAGCUGCAAGGGGUCCGCGAACGAUUUACCCGGCUGGACGAGUUGUGGGGCAUGUUGAAUGCCGUCCGGAAGAAUGCCCAACGUGCCAUGCCCUAUUUCCAACAACAACAACAAGACGGCAACCAAUACACACUCGAACAUCACAAGAUUUGCCAGGCACAGCACUACCUCAACGGGACAACGAGGAUACAGGGGGCACUGCCUUCUGGUGCGGAGGGUGGUCCUUGUUUGGUCGCUACGGUGUAG